AUGGCCCGGCUCGGCUACCUGAUCUGCUGGGAUAUGUUUGCGGUGCUGCGGUAUACGACGAUGGCGACGGUGGCGAGUCGUGCUGCGUGUGCUGCUUUGGCUGCUUCGGCUGCUUUGACUGCUGCGGCUGCUCCGGGACGUCGGGCAGCGUCGGGCUUUGGUCGUGGACCACAUGACGUUGGCGGGGCGAUUGUGUCGCCGGACGAGGCUACGGCGUUCAAGGCUGAGCUGGGCAAGGAGGGUGCGCCGGCGGCACUGUGGGAGGUCCGGACGCAUGCGCUUCUCGGUCUGGUGGUGGGCAAGGGCCUGAUGACUGUAGACGAGUUGCGGGCAGGCAUCGAGGGCCUUGAUCCGGUGGCUUACGGCGGUCUGUCGUACUAUGAGAAGUGGGCCUUCUCCAUGGCCCAGGCGCUGACGGCUCGCGGAACUCUUUCGCCGACGGUGUUGGAGACUGCCAUCAACGGCGAUGUUGUGCGCGGCGAUGAGAUUGACUCGGCGCCGGUCCCGCUGAGCGUCGGCCAGCCGGUCCGGGUCCGGCGCGAAGAGCCGCGCCCUGCAUGGUCGCGGCCGCACCUGCGGACGCCUGGAUACCUUCACGGCGCCGUUGGCGUCGUCGAUGAGUACUGGGGUGAGUUUCCGGAUCCGGAGCUUCUCGCUCGGCGGAUCGAAGGCCCGAAGCUGCCGCUGUAUUCGGUCCGGUUCCUGCAGGCUGUUCUCUGGGAGCUGUACGAUGGCUCGCCUCAUGACGCGACGUCGGUUGAGGUCUAUCACCCGUGGCUUGAACCAAUUUCAUCCGAGGCACUGGCUACGGCAGAGGCGGCAGCGGUGGCGUCGAUGAACAAGGUGCAUGGCAGUGGCCGCAGCCAUCACGACCACGCCCACGACCACGCCCACGCCCACGACCACGACCACGACCACGAUCAUGUCCACGAGGAGCGAUGCGUGGUCGAGAGUAACGCGAUUGCGGCCGAGAGCGAGCACGCGCUCGGCGAAGGUAACUCGCCGCUGCAACGGUUGUCGGGGGCACUGGUGGAGGCGCUGGUGGACAGCGGGCUGGUCAGCCGCGACGAGGUGCGGGCCAAGAUCGAGAGCGUGGAGAAGAUGAGUGAGAGUGGAAGCGAAGUGGGCGCCCGACUGGUGGUGGAGGCAUGGCUUGACGAUCAGUUUAGAGAGCUGCUUGUGGCCGAUGCGCCGGCGGCGGCUGAGGCCAUCGGCAUCGAAACUUCCAACUAUGGCAAGGCGACCGGGGCGACGGUUCUGCGGGUGGUGGAAAACACCGAGAUGGUCCACAAUCUUGUGGUCUGCACCCUCUGCUCGUGCUACCCGACCACGCUCCUCGGGCUCUCGCCCGCCUGGUACAAGUCGCGGACGUAUCGGGCACGCGCAGUGCGCGAGCCGCGGGCACUACUCGCCGAGUUUGGAACACGCAUCCCGGACGAGGUGGCAGUCAAGGUCCACGACUCGACGGCAGACCUGCGGUACAUGGUCCUGCCGCUGCGGCCGGAGGGGACCGAGGGCUGGAGUCGCGAGGCGCUGCUGGGCGCGGUUACCCGCGAUGCCAUGAUCGGCGUGACGCGGUAA